AUGGAUGCCGGGACCUACCCGCUCUUUGCCGUGAUCGGCCUCGCCUCGGCCGUCUGCGGUGGAUUCCUCUUCAAGUACUUUGCCGGCCACACCGACAUUGCGCUGAGCCGGGCGGUCCGCGCCGACCACAACCACCAGGGCGGAACCGACGGCCGCGUCGAGUCGCACAACUCGCGCUUUGGCAUGCGCGAGAUGAACAAGCGGACGAUCACCAUCUUCCCCUUCAACUGGAAGCCGAAGUCCGCCAUCAUUGAGCAGCACCGGUCCGAUUAG